UCUUGUUGCAGGAUUUAAAAUGCUAAAAUGUUUUGGUCAGAAGAGCUUGUGGAACAAAGUGACUAAUCACAAAGCUGUCAGUAUUGGCGGAUUUCCCGAAACAUUUAGAACAUGUUUAGGUUUUCCAAAUCAUAAAGUGACAUCAUCAUUUACUACAUUUCAUCCCUUGCAAGAGAAAACACUUGUGGAGAGAAAUAAUGAAAUCAAUCCAGAGAGAUUUAAAGGCUGGACUACAGUUUACAGAUUUCCGUAUAUAGUAGCUGCUAGAGUUAUCUGCAGGUUGAAACUAUAUCAGAGUUUAAUAGUUUGUACCUCUGUUCCCGCAUCCUUUGCUUUACUUGAACGCGGUGCAAUCACUCCUCAAGUUUGCUCAGGAGUCAUUGGAUUAUGCUCUAUAGCUCUGUUAAUGCUGUACUUGGGAGGAGAAUUCUUUAGAAAAACCGUUGGAUUUAUAUAUUUAAGUCCUAGCAAGGACGAAGUGAUUGUUAGUCAUUUAACAUUCUUUGGGAACCGGAGAGAUGUAUUAAUAGAUAUAAGUGAUAUAAUGGCGCUGGAUGAGACAGCAGAAAUAACCAGCACAAUAUUCUGGAAAAUUAAAUUCCACAGUUCACCGAAAAUCUACCUCAUAUCUACUAGAUACGGCGGGAUUAAAUGCAAAGAAUCAUUUCUUCAUAUUUUCGGAACUCUAUAGAAAGACGACUUUUCAUCCUUCCCGUUAAUAAUAUUGUUAAUACUUAUUCAUACAUUAUUCAUUCUUAUAUAUUUUCAGA